AUGGGGAAGACAGGCAGUAAAGUCCUGAGAGAGAUGUCUAUGGAUGGAGUUCAGCCUCAGCAGUGUGUGUUUUAGCCUUCCCCAGCUGCUGCUAUAGAGGGGCUCACCAAGACCAAGAAGAUGAAGGUGAAGUGGACUCAGCUGGGCAUGGUGUUCUUCCUGUUGCUCUCUCUGGUCAUGACAGGAUGCUUCCUCUGGCAGUACCAGAUCCCAAAGUUACUGCCAAAUGAGAGCAUGGGAGGCAAUGCCAAACCAGAACGGAUGUGCCCACGCUUCCCUGAGCCUCUCCCCCUCGAGCACCCUAUCCCUACUCUGAAAGAGGCACUGGAAAAGGUGGACACACUGCUGCGCCAAAUCAUCAAUCCUACUAGUCUUCCCUCUUUGUCGGCCAUUGUGAUUUUCAACAACACCGUUCUGUGGACUGGUAACUUUGGCAAGAGGAACAGAAGUGACCCACUCUCAGCUCCUCCCAAUGAGUACACCAUAUACAGGAUUGCCAGCCUUUCCAAGAUCUUCCCAACGCUGAUGCUAUACAGGCUGUGGGAUGAUGGGAAGAUAACCUCUCUGGAUGACCCUCUGGAGAAAUAUGUGGAUAACUUCACCAUUAAAAACCCUCUGGGCAAGUCACGGGACUCUGAGCUCAAGUACGUGACAGACGGCCUGAUCUUCCUGGAUAGUGGAGAGGUUCAGAUCCGUUCCUCCUCUGUCACUCUGCGCAGGAUGGCCAGCCAGCUCUCAGGUCUACCCAGAAGACUAAGAGCCACUAACCUGCUGUGGAAGGGGAAAACACAGGCUGCAGUGAAUCUGCUGCAAGAUGAUGUCCUUGUUGCAGACCCUGGCACCAAAUGCCAUUACAGUAACCUAGCCUUCUCCUUACUGGCCCAUGUCAUGGCUGAGAAGGUGGUGGGCCUGGACUACCAGCGCUGGAUCAAUGAUAACAUCCUGGACCGGCUGGGGAUGGAGGACACAGGCUUCGACAUCACCCCAGGGAUCCAAAGCCAGAUGGCUGUGGGCGUCUACUCCAGUGGCCAGCCUGCCCCUCUGUAUGACCUGGGCUGGUACCGCCCCUCAGGCCAGAUGUUCUCCACUGCCGCUGACCUUGCCAAGCUGGCCAUGAUGCUGCUGGGGGCCUACCACCGCAAGCUCCUGGAGCCCGACACCCUGAAGAUCAUGCUGACCCCGCUGUACCGCUGUGAUAAGGACUACUUUGCCAACCGCACCGGCACGCCUUGGGAGGUGAAUGAGCAGCUGGGCUACGAGGUGCUGCGUAAAGACGGAGACCUGGAUGGCUACUCUGCCACCUUCUCACUGGUGCCCAGGCUCAAGCUGGGCCUGGUGGUGCUGAUGGCUGGCACCAGACCUCAGAACCAGGAGGUGGUGGCCAAGGCUUACAGUCACAUCAUACCCGCCAUGGAGAGGGUGUUCCGGGAGGCCAAAAAGAUCCUCAUCCCUCCCCCUAAUCCAGACCCUUACAUAGGCUUCUUCACUUAUGGAAACAUCACCUUCUAUGAGAUCAAAGCUGGGGCAGACGGGGUUCUGAUCAUGCAGCAGUUUGGUCCCCAGAUUGAGGACCUGAUCCCAGAGAGAUAUCGGACAAUCAAGCUGAACUACCUGGUAGACAGGGUGUUCAGGGUGGUGUUUGAGAAGGAGUACCCCUGUGUUUUGCGGGUCAGCACCGCCUCAGUCUCCCUUGAGGCCCAAGACGGGCAGCUCUUUAACUUUUAUGUGUUUGACAAGCGUGGUCUGUCCCCUGGCUUCGAUGCACCAGGACUGAAUACAUACAAUGUGAUCCGGAUAGUCCGUAGGCCGACUUUCUCAAACUAACUGAACUCAUACAACGGAAAGGCACAUGUACAUGCUGAAUGAAGGUCCUUUUUGGGUCUGUAGCCUAUAUUUAAUAGGGAUACUCUGAAAUGAAAGAAAACAUUGCUGUCAGACAGUGAGUAGACCGUAUCAUGAUGAAUUGCAAAAGAAGGUACACAGACAGAACUUUCUAUUCUAUUUACCCAUUGACGUCAACGUUUUGGAUUUCUGUGUCAAAUAAUGGCAUUGUAAAUAUUCAUCCUUUUCAUACAGUUGAUAACCUGACCUUAAACAUACACUACAUGACCAAAAGUAUGUGGACACCUGCUUGUCAAAGAUCUCAUUCCAAAAUCAUGGUAUAUAAUAUGGAGUUGAUCCCCUCUUUGCUACUAUAACAGCCUCCACUCUUCGAGAAGGCUUUCCAAUAGAUGUUGGAACAUUGCUGCAGGGACUUGCUUUCAUUCAGCCACAAGAGCAUUAGUGAGGUUGAGCACUGAUGUUUGGCAAUUAGGCCUGGCUCGCAUUGGGCAUUCCAAUUCAUCCCAAAGGCGUUCGAUAGGGUUGAGGUCAGGGCUCUGUGCAGGCCAGGCAAGUUCUUCCACACCGAUCUCGAAAAACCAUUUCUGUACGUACCUUGCUUUGUGCACGAUGGCAUUGGCAUGCUGAAACAGGAAAGGGCCUUCCUCAAAGUUAUACAGUACCAGUCAAAAGUUUGGAGACACGUACUCACUCAAGGGUUUUUCUUAAUUUUUACAAUUUUCUACAUUGUAGAAUAAUAGUGAAGACAUCAAAACUAUGAUAUAACACAUAUGGAAUAAUGUAGUAACCAAAACAGUGUUAAACAAAUCAAAAUAUAUUUUUGAUUUUAGAUUCUUCAAAGUAGCCACCUUUUGCCUUAUUGACAGCUUUGCACACUCUUGGCAUUCUUUCAACCAGCUUCAUGAGAGUCACCUGGAAUGCUUUCCCAACAUUCUUGAAGGAGUUCCCACAUAUGCUGAGCACUUGCUGGCUGCUUUUCCUUUACUCUACGGUCCAACGUUUUUGGUUACUACAUGAUUCCAUAUGUGUUUUUUCAUAGUUUUGAUGUCUUCACUAUUAUUCUACAAUGUAGAAAAUAGUAAAAAAUUAAGAAAAAUCCUUGCGUGAGUAGGUUGUCCAAACUUUUGACCAGUACUGUAUAGUGCAUUAUACUGUACAGAUGUAGUAUUUUAAUUUGAGACAGUUUGCUACAGCAGGAAAUUAAUUUAAUGUAAUUAUUAUGUGGAUUCUAAUUAAUGGAUUUUUUUGGGAGAGGUUGAUAGAUUUUUCAUUAGGGAAAAUCAAGUCUGACAUUUUAAAGUGUAAGUUACAAACUUCUGCUUUUUAAACAUGGAAUACAUAAGUUUCUUAUCAACAAAAGAGUGACCAAUUUAAGAUCCUUCAUCUGUACACGUUUUACUGUUUUUUUUUAACCUUUAUUUAACUAGGCAAGUCAGUUAAGAACAAAUUCUUAUUUUCAAUGAUGGCCUAGGAACAGUGGGUUAACUGCCUUGUUCAGGGGCAGAACGACAGAUUUUUACCUUGUCAGCUCAGGGAUUCGAUCUUGCAACAUUUCGGUUACUAGUCCGACGCUCUAACCACUAGGCUACCCUGCCACCCUACACUGUUUUGUGGCACAGUAUUUCCUAUCUUUCCUGCACUAUGCACAUUGUUACCGUACUCAGCUUGUUCUAUCCUUACAUUGCAUUUGUAACAAAACAACAGAAUGUAAAUAUGGUAUGCUGGCAUCAAUCAACACACUUCAAUUGUAACACUGUCAUUUGCAUGUGGAUGUUCAUGUUUUUUUGCCCUAUGAAUCUCAAAGAUGUCAAAUGCACGUUUCUACUGCAGCAAAAGAUGGAUUUAUUUUAGUUUGUUAUCAAAUUAUCUCCUGAUCAUUUUUGACCUACGAAAAAUCCAUAAGAUUUUAAACUCCGAUUUUUAUAUACUCCGAUUUUUAAAUAGAGAUCAUGUUGGGUUUUGACAUAGAUACCUUUUACAGUGUCUGUAGCCAUACUGUAGAGUAUACUGUAUGUGAGAACAGAUCAAAAAGUAUGGGCUUAAAAGGGGGCUUUGGGAUAUAGUGGUAUAGAUCCAGGAAUGACUGUGUACUUCAUCAUCCCAAUUCUGACUCAUUUAAAUCCUCCAUAUGAAUAGAUUCAUGACAAAUAUCAGUAGCUCAUAAACUGACUCCAAAUGAAUAACCUAUUGUGGCCCUCUGGUUUGGCAGCUAGAUUUUCUAAUGUAAUACUACGUAGGAGGGAAAACAGAUCAUUUUCAAAUGGGUCUAGACAAACACUAUUGAAAUUGAAACCCGAAAUGAAAAUGAAAGGUAAUUCUCCAGGCCUCAGGUGCAGUGUGGUUGCAAGGAUUGCAUUUGGAAUAAGAGUUGGUUCCUACACUCUUAGAUAAAAAGGGUUACAAAAGGGUUCUGCGGCUGUCCCCAUAGCAGAACCCUUUUUGGUUCCGGGUAGAACUAUUUUGGGUUCCGUGUAGAACACUGUAAAGGGUUCUACAUGGAACCCAAACGGGUUCUACCUGGAACCAAAAGGGUUCUGCCUGGAACCAAAAGGGGUUCUUCAAAGGGUUCUCCUAUGAGGACAGCCAAAUAACCGUUUUUUGAUCUAGAUAGCACCUU